CUCCAAGCGUCUUCAAUGCCCACUAUGACUUCACGCAGCUGGCCUGUGAAAGGCAGUCAGGUCGUUGUCCACGGCUACAGGUCUUUCACGUCCACUUUGACUUUCAGGACCACAAGCCCUUUUGUGCCUACCAUGCCUUCUCCACCCACGAGAUCCUCAGAGCCCGGCAUGUCUCCGGCGUCCACUGGACCCUCUAUGUCCACAGUGCCUCCCAAGCCCCCUGCCUCCUUGAAGAGCGCCAAAUCGCCAAAGCCCAACAGCGCCUCAGUGCCCACCAAGCCAUCAACAGCCCCCAGCUCGGUCACAAGCCCAAGCAGUUCCAAGUCUCCCAAGUGGGCAAGUACGAAGACAGCCCCUUCUAAACAGUCCGGCAGCAAGUCCCGAGCCCGCGGCAGGGCAAGAAUGCCCAGCAAAGCCAGCACUGACACCACGGCCCGCAAGGCCAGCACCGACACCAGGGCCAGCAAGGCCAGCACCGACACCAGAGCCAGCAAGGCCAGCACCAACACCAGGGCCAGCAAGGCCAGCACCGACGCCGGGGCCCGCAAGGCCAGUGGGGUAAGACACCAGCAGCAGAGGGGCACACACAGCCGGGGCAGAACUCCCGGAAGAAGGGGAAGCCACAGCUCCAAGAGGGCACCCAGCAGGGCCAGCACUACCAGCAGGAUGAGAACUCCUGGUGGCACCCCAGGUGCGCCCAACAGGGUGAGAACUCCUACUUCCCGGAAAAAACAGAGUGGGGGCAAGAGUUGCAGCCGGCCUAGAAACAACCGGGAAAGAAGUAAGAACCAGCGUAGAAACGUGAGCGGAGAGAAGAGUUACAGUCCACCAGGAGCCUCAGGCAUGGAGGGGAGUUCCGGGCUGGCUAUAACCACGGGCAGGGCAAAGAGUUACAGCCCCACUGGAAAUCUCUUCAAGGAGAGAGGUUACAGCCAGUCUCCAUCAACAUCAAGGAGGGUAAAGAGUUAUAGUCAGAUGAUCACCCCUAGCAGGGAAUGGAGUUACAGCCCAACUGAAGUAUCUAGCAAGGUCAAGAGUUACACCCAGGAGACUGCACCCGGCAGGACCCAGAGUCACAGCCGGUCUAGCACCCCUGGCAGGACCCAGAGUCACAGCCGGUCUAGCACCACCGGCAGGACCCGAAGUGAGAGCCAGUCUAGCACCCCCGGCAGGACCCGAAGUGAGAGCCGGUCUAGCACCCCCAGCAGGACCCGAAGUGAUAGCUGGUCUAGAAUGCCCAGAAGGGCAAGAAGUCAUAGCACGGUGAGAAGUCACAGUUGGAAGAGAAGUCACAGUAGGGCAAGAAGCCGUACCCGGAAAGGAACUCCCAGUCAGAUGAGAAGACACAGCCAAUCUAGAACCCACAGCAAGGGGGGAAACUAUAACCAAUCUAGAAUCCCCAGAAGGGAAAGAAGCCCCAGCCAGGGGAGAGAUCACAGACGUUCCAAAACACCCAGCUGGGAGAGAAGUUGUAGUAGCCCAUCUGGAACCUUUCGCAAAGAAGGAGAUCACAGCCGAUCUAGAACCUCCAGCAGUGAAAGAGAUCACAGCCACACCGGAACCCCCAGAAAAGAGAGAGACCGCAGACCAUCCGGAACCCCUAGAAAAGAGAGAGCUCACAGCCAAUUCAGACCCUUCAGAAAAGAAAGAGAUGGCAGCCAAUCCAGACCCUCCCGAGAGGAGAGAGAGCACAGCCUAUCCAGAACCUCUAGCGAGAGAGGUCAUGGCCGAUCUAGAACCCCCAGCAAGGGAGGAGACCACAGCCGAUCUAGAACCCCUCCUAAGAAGAGGAAUCCUAGCCCAUCCACAGCCCCCCAAAGUCUCAGCCAGAAGGAGUUCAUAAGCAGGGCACACAGUCCCGGUCAGAACAGAACACUGAGCAACACAAGGUGCUGCUCCCCCUCCGGAUUUCUCAGUGGAGCCCCAAUUUCAAACCCGGAUGAUGUUCAAAGCAGUGCCACCAUCUCGAAGGCUGCCUCACCUGGAGAGAGGUCCUCAUCGUCUUCUUCCAAGCUGGCAUAG